CUCACAAUUGAUCGACCAAGGGUUUAUAUGCCCACCUUGAGAAAAGAUGGCUGAUCGAUUGACGCAACUACAAGAUGCUGUGGACCAGCUGGCGCAUCAAUUUGUUGCCUCGAUAUACUACGUUCACAGACACCACGAGCUCACGCCUGUCAACCCCACAGACAAGCCAAGGGAGGGACCUAUGGACUCUGAUGGAAUUGAACCAUACCCAACAGCGCAGUUCCUUGACGGCCAGCGCGAGCUCGCAAAGGACCUCAUUGUCAGAGAGCAGCAAAUCGAGCUCUUGAUAUCGGCGCUACCGGGGCUUGAGCACAGUGAGCAGAAUCAACAGGAGCGCAUAAAGGCGCUGGAAGAAGAACUGGAGAAAGAGGAGAAGAAGAGGCAGGCUGCUGUGAAGGAGAAGGAUGUCUUACUGGCAAAGCUGGACGAGGUCAUACGGAGCGUGAGACGACCCUGAAAUACGGAAAUACAUGGCAUAUUAGGGACAGGCUCUAUCAAUGGCGUUUGGGAUACCCCGGUUUGCAUCAUAGCUAUAAUUCAACGGUCUUCGACAAUUAUAGUAACUCAAAAGGUUCAUCCAUGGCACUAAAUAUUGGCUAUAGAUAUUUCUAUCAGGCAUUGCAACAGCGAUUAUGUCUAUGAAUGCAUCUAAAGCCAUCACCAG